AUGGGGAGCGGCAAGGUGUACGCGACGGUGGUGCUGGUCAGGCUGAUCUACGCGGGCAUGCACAUCCUCACCAAGGCGUCCUUCAACGAGGGCGCGAGCACGACGGUCUUCGUGUUCUACAGGCACGCCGUCGCGGCCGUCUUCUUGCUGCCCUUCGCCUACUUCCUCGAGAUCAGGAAGAAGCAGGCGCCGCCGCUGACGCUCAGAUUGUCUGGCAAGAUCUUCGUCCAUGCCUUCUAUGGAAUGGCCGGGACGAUAAACCUGUACAGCAUUGGCCUCAACUACGCAUCCGCGACAUCCUCGUCGGCUAUCUUCAACAUCGUGCCGGUGGUGGCCUUCAUCUUGGCUGUCAUGUUCAGGAUGGAGACUCUGAACAUGAAGACGACCCAUGGCAUGGCGAAGGCCUCGGGGAUCCUCCUCUGCGUCGGCGGCGUCGUCGUGCUGGCGCUGUACCAGGGCCCCGAGCUCAGGUCCUUCAACCACCACCAGCUGCUGCGCCACGCCGGCGCCGCCGCGCGCGCGCAUUCCGGCAAGGACUGGGCGCUGGGGAUCUUCCUGAUGACCACCUCCGUCGUGAUAUGGUCCCUGUGGACGGUGAAGCAGGGGCCAUUGCUGCUGGAGUACCCUUCGAAGCUGAUGAACACGACGCUGCAGUGCGUCUUCGCGAGCUUGCAGUCGCUGGUGAUCGCGCUCGUGCUCGAGAGGGACUUCUCGCGGUGGAUGCUCCCCGGCGUCGUCAGCCUCGUCGGCGUCCUCUUCACCGGCAUCGUGGUGGCGGCGAUCUCGUACUACCUGCAGAUCUGGGUGAUCGAGAAGAAAGGCCCCGUGUUCCUGUCCAUGUCGAUGCCGCUCAGCCUCGUCUUCACCAUGGUCAUCGCGUCCUUCUUGCUGGGCGAGGACGUGAGCCUAGGAAGCAUUAUCGGCAGCUUGCUUCUCGUCGCCGGCCUGUACAACGUGCUCUGGGGCAAGAGCCGGGAGGAGAGCAGCGGCGGCGGUGCCGUCGCCGGUGGCGGCGGCGGGGAAAAGGAAGUCGUGGCGGCGGCGGCAUCGUCUCCCGCCGACGUCGUGAUGGCCAAGGUCUGACAGCGCACCGACGCGGAUCGAGGAGCGCCACGUGUCGCCCCGCCCGGCGGCGGCGCGCCGGUGCACGCGGAGAGCCGAGCAGCUACUGAUGCAGGCUGCAAGUGGCGCGGGUGAAUGAAUCCCGAAUAUCUUUUGCAGCGGUCGGGACAGCGGCGACCGGUGGGCAAUGGUGGUGCGGUGGCGGCAGAAAGGGUUAAGGCUAGGCAUGGUGGCCGCCGGAGCUGGCUAGCUACACCGGCCGGUGAAGUCGUGUCAAGAUUGUUAAUUAAUCCUGUAUUAUACUAUACUAGUAUGUGCCUCUACAAUGCAACAGCAUGAAAAAGGAUGAGUCAAAGAAUCCAUUCAUGAUCAA